AUGGCACCACCAACUUUCAAUGGAAAAAGUUAUCGAAUCUGGGCAGUUACAAUGCGGAUAUAUCUACAAGCUUUGGAUCUCUGGAAAGCUGUUGAAUAUAAAUACGAGAUAGCUCCCUUGCUGGACAAUCCCAUGGUGGCGCAGAUUAAAACUCACAAGGAGAGAAAAACUAGGAAAUCAAAGGCAAUGCCAUGCUUAUUUACAGUAGUUUCAUCUAAUAUCGUAACUCGCAUUAUGUCUCUGCAAUCAGCGAAAGAGGAAAGAUACGGUUGUCGUGCAAUGAUAUUGGAAACAGUGGCAGGUGUACCAGGAAUGGUGGGAGGUAUGCUGUUACAUCUGAGGUCGUUACGCAAGUUCGAGCUUCUAAGAUUAUCUCUUCCAAAUUCAUUUUUCUCUGAUCUUGUUCCAAUGGCUACCAACUCAUCAGACAAUGAAGUGAUUGUGGCCAUGGUGCCAUUUCCUGAUUACAGCCAUCUGAAUCAGCUCUUUGUUCUUGCGCGCUUCAUCGCGCCCCAUAAUAUACCAGUAUACUUCCUCUCACUUGCUGAUAUGAACCAAGAUUUGAAACUCCGCGUCCAAGCAAAUGCACGUGAGCUUCUAUUGCUGGAGCCGCAUGUGAAAUUAAUGGUUAGAAUGGAACAUGAGUUGGAGUUCCACUCGGGAGAAGUCAUAAACUCGUGCAAAGAAGUGGAAGGUAAGUACAUAGAUUUACUUGCCAAAGAAAAACGCAAGCCGUCUUGGGCUUUUGGUCCAUUUCAUAUGUUGGUAGAAUCACACGACUCUAUCUCUUCUUCAUCUAGCAACAUGACUCGUCAUGAAUGCCUGGAAUUUCUCGACAAGCAAUAUGCUUGCUCAGUAAUAUUUGUCUCGUUUGGAUCAACCACUACAUUAUCACAAGAGCAGGUCAAUGAGGUCGCUCUGGGUUUAAAACAAAGCAACCAUAGAUUUAUUUGGGUACUAAGAAAAGGAUCGGACGAUAAGGAGAAACUCAGAGAGAAAGACGGAAAGAUUGAUCAACUACCAGAAGGGUUUGGAAAGAGAGUAGAAGGAAAGGAAUGGUGGUAA